ACUACAUCUCGAGAUCGGCUCUACUCCAUAUGGGAUAUUCGUGAUUCUGACAGUUCUCAAGGCCUCGCGAAGAGAAAAAGUAUCGGAAGUGUCAAAAAUAUAUACGUUAAAGGACUAAACCGCAAAAAUGAUUAUUUAAUUUUUGUUCGUGGAAAUUUCGUGACGGUGAUGUGAUGAUCUAAAUUAAUUUAAACAGUAAAUUGCCCGAACAUAUGCAUUUUAAUACGGGCGAAUCAAUUUCAUAAAACUGAAUAAUAAAAUAUAGAACGGUGAUUAAUCUAAAUUAGAAGAAAGGAGAGGAAGAUUUCUAUAAAAAGCGGUCGUUGAAUUAUUUAAGCUCAUAGUCUUUUCAGCAUUUGAAUAUGAAAGUGCUUGUAAUAUUUGCUUUGGCUUUUGCCUUCGUCUCGGCAUCGAUUCUAAAUGAUGAACAAGAUGUUGGCAUCACUAGAGGACAUGACGCUUCGCCUGGUCAGUUUCCCUACCAAGUCGGACUUCUACUGCAGAACCAUACAGCAAAAUAUAUCUACAUGUGGACGUGUGGUGGCUCCUUGAUUAGCGACACUUGGGUUCUUACAGCGGCCCAUUGUACUUACUGGGCUGAAAAGGUCACCGUUAAAUUGGGCAGCAUUUUGAAUUCCUAUCCACUGAUACAGCACACCGUGACCAAAAAGAAUAUUGUUUACCAUGAGAACUUUAGCAACAAGACUUUGGUCAACGAUAUCUCACUUAUUCGCAUUCCACGUGUUGAAUUCAACAAAUUCAUUCAAGCGGUUGAGCUGCCAAAGUUGAAGACACAUCCUGAUACCUACACUGGACAUGACUCGAUUGCCACCGGAUGGGGACUUACUAUGAGCGCUAGUAAUAAUUAUACCGAUGUACUGCAGUAUACACAGUUUAUGAUCAUGAGCGUGAAAAAUUGCAGUGCAUCAUGGCACAGUCACAUCGCUAAAUCAAACCUUUGCGUUUCUACUAAACUGGGUAACUCCAUUUGCUAUGGUGACUCUGGUGGCCCAUUGGUAGAUUCUGACAGCAGGGUUCAGAUCGGUGUAAGCUCCUUUGUUAACAAAGGUUGUCAGACGGGAUACCCGGCUGUCUUUAUUCGAGUGACUAGUUACCUUGGCUGGAUAAUGCGAGUCAUUAAGUCAUAAUU